CAGAUUAUUGCGCUUUUUUCCCCGUGCCUUCGGUCCCGGGCGGACAUUUUUCCCGGGGCAUCGCAGCGGUCCGGAGCGGUUUUCUCGCAGUAAUUUCCGUCGAAAUCGCCCGCCGAAUGCGUUUCCACGGACGGAUUUCGUCGCGCCGUGCGUUUUUUGAAUGAAACAUCGCGGUCACCGGGACGUACGCGAUACCCGCCGCACUCGGCUGUCCGGGCACGUCGCGUUCCGCACGCGGCUCGCCACUCAUAUAGGCGUUUCACGAGGAAAACGUCUCGGCGUCGCGACUCCGCUUAACCUAUGCGCGCGGGAGCGGACAUCAGAACGUAAAUAAACGACGCGGCACGUUCUCCGAUUCAAUCGCGAAUUCCGUCGGCGAAAAGCCUCGACGACGAGAUGAUCGCUAUCGACGAGAUGGAGCAGAGGGAUCUCCCUCAGGCGUUCCGCCUGCUGGGAGAGAUGAACGCCAACGUCCUCCAGGUGAACCAGCUCGUAGACAACAUGUUGGUUCGCGUGAAGAACGGCGAAAUCUCCACAGACAAGGGCCUCAGCUUCCUGGAGAUGAAGUAUCACAUGCUGCUUUCGUAUCUCAUCAACCUGACCUAUGUUGUCCUGAGAAAAUGCUCCGGCGAACGUAUUGAGGGUGAUCCAUCAAUCGACCGCCUGAUCGAGAUCAGGACUGUCCUAGAGAAAAUCCGACCAAUAGACCACAAGCUUAAGUACCAAAUAGAUAAGCUUGUCAAGACAGCAGUAACCGGUACCAUCAACAGCGACGAUCCCAGUAACUUUAGGGCGAAUCCUGAUGCACUGAUUGCCAAACUCGACAGUGAGGAGGAGGACAGUGAUCAGGAGGAAGACGCAGAUGGUGUCAAGUCAACAACACAACAAUCUAGAAAGUCUAACGUCUACGUGCCACCGAAACUGGCUACUGUGCAUUAUGAUGGCGACGAAACAAUGGCAGAGAAAAUCCGCAAGGCCAACGAGAGAGCACGCAGACGUGCUGUAUCGAACACAGUUCUGCGAGAACUGAAGGAGGAAUAUUUGGACGCACCUGUGGAGGACAGUCAAGGUCUGGGAGAGAAGCGAGCGAUUCUAGUGCGCGAGAACAAGCGAAAGAGCGAAUACGAGGAGAACUACAUGACGCGUUUGCCCGUCACUAAGCAGGAAAAGCACAGACGUCGUCAGAUGACGACUCUGGGCACUCUUGGUGAUGAGAUCACCAAUUUCGGAGAGUCAUCUACCAAAACCGCCAAGAAAAGAAAAGCUCAGAGGAAGGGCAAAGCUAAAAAGAGUUUCAAGAAAAAACGGCAUCAUUAAGAGCACAUGAUUAAGAAACAACUGGGACUUGCGACGAGACCCUGGGGUUUAAUACAGCAUUAAUGAUUAAGGUAAAAGGUAAAAAAAGAAAUAAAUUUACUCGACUUCUUCUUCGAAACAAAAAGCAGAUGCCACUAAUACUCGUUAUUAAGUUAAGCUAAAGGCGUAACAUCGUAACAUCUAGUAAUAAAAAAAAAGACAACGUGUGUCGACGAUGGAAGUAAAAAUAGCACGAUGAUAAUUUAUUACUGUAUAAGACAUACUAAUGGUCGUGUAAUUGAUAAUUCUAGUUAAUAAUGAUUUUAAUCUUUAACUGUUGUCUGAGAGAUCAAUUUUGAUCUGUGGAGUUGAGAUGCAAGAUCCAUCGGGAAAAAAUCGAUAUUCCAUGUGAGUGUGAAUGCGAUUGAGAAACAACGUCGAAGUAACGAUGGCACAUACGAGCUUAAUGGAAAUUAUGUGUCGUAAUAGCGUAAUAUUGUAUUGUAAUGUUGGAUCGAGUAGCGAACUUAACGGCUCCAAGAUUGAAAAUUGUGAAUUACACGUAAAAGUUGAAAGCAGAACAUUCUUCUGCUUUAUUUUGAAAUAUUCUCCGGCUAUAUAGAGAGAAGUGAUGGGAGAGAAGGGUGAAAAUCAGUAAACAUAGCAGGAGAGACGAUAUUGAAUUAAUUGUUAAUGAAAAGCGUAAAAAUCACAAGACAUUCCCAACAAAACGCAGAAGUUACAAAACUCAAGAUUUAAAGAUGAAAGAAGCAAAAACAAAGCAAAACAAGCAUUCUUUAGGAACUCUUUACGCACUCGGCGCAACUUUUGAAAACGGAAAAAAAGAAUAAAAGAAGCAAAAACGAUGUUUCGUCGAUAUCCGCAUGUCUUAGGAUUUUCUCGCUGUCUUAGAGUAGUGAAGUAGUUACUAGUUUUACUAUAUUAUAUGUAUGUUUCGUUUGUGUUUUUCCCCUGGUGAAACUGUUGAGGCUAUUAUAAACAUUUGAAUGUGAGUCAUGUUUUUAUGUUAAGUCUCAUUUCUCUUUUUUACUUUAUUAUUAUUAUUACAAUGUGCUUGUGCAUUGUACAUUUGUUGUUUUUGCGUUUUGGGUUUAAGUCGUUAAACUUAUAUUGAUGGUAAUAUAAGGAUAACACGAGCGUGUCAAAAUUCAAAAUUGUCGUCAUGUUCUCAGAUUUGAUUUCGAUUGACCAUUUAUUUCAUUUUCUCAGAGGGAGAGAGAGGGGGAGCUUGUCAUAUCAAACAGUAACGGAUAAAAAGCGACUAACGAAGGAAAAAACGAACGAACGAUUGAACGAACGAACGAAGACUUUGGGCGAAAAUCACUUCUGCAAAACCUGAUAAAUAGGAUAUUUGUACAAUCAAAUUGUGCGCGCGAGAAUGAGAAUCGCGUUGUCUCCUUAAAUGGGUUGCAUCUUUUCUUUAAUGUUGUUAAACGCGGGGCCUCGCGCAUGGUCGCGGCGUGUCCCGGGUGUGAUGUUCCUUUUUAAAGUAGCUAGGAGAGAGGUGCUAGAUUGAGCGAUCCUUACUUGUUCUAUACAGAGAAUAUGUACAUAUGUUAGAUAUAUAUGCGUUCAUAUAGUCACACAUUGCUCAUUCCGUGCAGAAGUGGUCCCACCCUCCCCGGUUUUACCCUCGCGAGAGGUAAACUUAAACGUGGUUCGUUGCGUAUGCUGGCCAAGGGCUCAACCAUCCAUAGAUAUUAUAUUUUUUACAGAAGUGUUCAUAGAUUGAGCCAACUUGGCGCGGCGCCGACGAUAUGUCACUCGUCUCCCCCUCUCCUCGACGUUCUGUGAAGACGAUUAAUUAAAGAAGAAAAAAAAAA